AUGGCGCCAUUGACGACAGAAGAAGAGGUGGAGAUAGUAGCCCCACUCUGGGACGUCCAGCCCGCCGUCGUCAGCACCAAGAAGCAGCAGCGACAGCAAAACGCACCACCAGCCGACAUCUACGCCAACGAAGACAAACAUUUCGACACAGAAGAGUACGAGUAUGAUAUAUCGUCCCUAGCUCUUAGUUUUGUUCCUUUGCCUUUUACCUCUGGCGGCGGCGGCAGUGGUUGCUAUACGGCUGCGUAUUACCGCACCAUGGAUGCGCCCGAGGCACGCCGGUUUUCGACGAGUACGGCGGAGCGCGUGGGGUUGCUCAAGUCGUCGGCAGCCAAGAACCACAGCCAGUAUGGGGCUGUGAUGGCUGAUCCGGCGGAAAUUGAGAGUUUACUGGGAGGAGGAGGAGAGGGUGAUGAGGAAGAGCUGGGAACCACGACUGCAGGGCAGGAAGCUAGGUUGUUGCUCAAGUAUAGUGUUCCGCUCAUGGGCACGUAUUUGUUGCAGUAUUCGUUUAGUUUGGUUACGAUUUUUGUUGUGGGGCAUAUUGGAACGGAUGAAUUGGGUGCAGUAUCUCUUGCAACCAUGACGGCAAACAUCACUGGUCUAGCAAUCUACGAAGGUCUGGCUACAUCGCUGGAUACGCUGUGUGCACAGGCGUACGGCUCGGGCAAGAAGACAAUGGUGGGUUUACAUCUUCAGCGUAUGGUACUUUUCAUGCUGGCUGUUACCAUUCCGAUUGGUGCGGUCUGGCUUUGCUCAGGCUGGAUCCUCGCAGCGCUCGUUCCGGAAAAAGAACUUGCGCAUCUCGCUGGUUACUACCUCUCGUUGCUCCUGGCUGGUGCACCUGGGUACGCUAUUUUUGAAGCUGGGAAACGAUUCACACAGGCUCAGGGGCUGUUCAAUGCUUCGUUGUUUGUGCUGCUCAUCGCAACGCCGGUCAAUAUUGCACUCAACUACGUUUUCGUGUUUGUGCUUAAUUGGGAUCUUACGGGUGCGGCGCUCGCGACGGUUAUAUCGAAUAACCUGCUUCCACUGCUCCUAUGGAUUUACGUCUACUUUGUCAAUCCCGCGUCGUUGGAGUGCUGGGGUGGUUUCACGAAAGCGGCUUUUACGAACUGGGGGCCUAUGGCUAGGCUUACGGUGCCGGGGAUUGUCAUGGUGGAGACAGAGUGGCUUGCUUUUGACAUCCUAACCUUCUCAACAAGCUACCUCUCCACCACCCACCUAGCUGCACAAUCAAUCGUAAUGACCCUAGCAAUAAGCAUCUACCACAUCCCCUUCUCUGUCGGCGUAGCCGUCUCUACACGCUUGGGAAACCUGAUCGGCUCCGGCUCCCUCGCUGCCGCACGCACAGCCACAAAAACCUACAUCACAACCUUCCUCGCCAUCGGCCUCUUCGACUUCAUCUUCCUCACCCUUUUCCGCAACAUCCUGCCGCGCGCCUUCACGUCCGACCCGCAAGUCGUCGACAUCGUCGCCACCGUGCUGCCGCUACUCGCCGCUUUCCAGUUUGCAGAUUCCACCACGGCGCUUGUGAAUGCGCUGUUGAGGGGGCUGGGCAAACAGAGUAUUGGCGGCUGGUGCAAUUUGGGUGUUUAUUAUGGGGUUGCGGUUCCGUUGGCUUUGGCGCUGUGCUUUUGGCUGGAUUGGAAACUCGUGGGGCUGUGGGCCGGGUGUGCGGUAGGGAGUGCGUGUAUUACGGUUACUGAAGGGGUGUAUAUCUGGUGGUAUGAUUGGGAUAGGGCGGUUUUGGAUGCGAGGGCGAGGGAGGAAUGA